GUGGAUUUCGGCAAGCAAAUGGAGGUCGCCAUCACCGCACCCCGACAGCGGCGAUGUAUCGCGAAGCAAGGGAUGAUGGGGUGGUGUUCAGUACAUGGAGCCAUUGAUUCGGAAUACAAAGUACUCGUCAUGGGAGCCCAUUUAGGGUCGCCGCUUCGACGUGGCGUUUGGGAUGGCCAUCGACCCAACAACUUACAGCAAAGCUUGGUUUGACAGGUCCACGUCGGCGGGACGCCGACGCUGCAACAUAUCGCGAUUUGUCGUGCCAUGGAACAACGCAUACAUCACAGGGCUACACGAAACGAUCAUGAUUGUGAACGCCGUCCAACAGUUCGUCGUGCCCAUCAAGAGCAUCCCGGCCCAGGGGUCGUCCGUGUGGACGAGCAUUGUGGCGUCCAUUGGGAUGGUCAACUUGCUCUUCUACGCAUCCAUGUUCACCGUGAGCCUCGUGCGGUCCGAUGCCAGCCAUUUUGACCAACGUCCUCCCCAACCCCGAAAGGUUGGGACAGUGCUUCUGUAUUCACUGGAAAGCACCAUGCUUCACGAAUUCCUAGGGCCCCUGGCGGCGGUGGACCUCAUCUCCCCCCCAUGGCUUGUUCGUAAACAUAUAUGUUAGUGUUGGGUACAUAAUCUGAAGCUAUUUAC